UUUAACUAGGCAAGUCAGUUAAGAACAAAUUAUUAGUUACAAUGACGGCCCUAUGGGAUCACAGCUGGUUGUGAUAAACCUGGAAAUCAACCUGUCUGGGUCUGUAGUGACACCUCUUAGACUGCUGCGCCACUCAGGAGCCCACACUGCAUUGGUGUUGGGAUAAACGCUCUGACUGUAGUUAAUAUAUACAUUUUUCACACGAUUCAUCCGACGUGCAUCAAUCACUACUUCGCAGUAUUGUUUGAGUAGACAGAUGUUGGGCAGAGUGAACCCUCUUGCUUCGCGUCUUCCUCUCUGUCGCGAAUCAGCUGAUCAGGAACUCACCAAACUGUAGUAAACGUGACAGUACGAUGGGAAUUGGCUAUAUCUAAUCGAGUUUUGCCAUGUUUGGGAUGUUAAGAACAUCACGAACACCCCCUGUAUUCUUCGCUUUUUGUAAUUCAGUCAUGCUCUGUGUCGACAACUAAUAGAUUCGUGGACAAAAGAAAACGGUGUUGAGCAUUGAGGUGCCGGCCAGCGCAGUGCAGGAAUGGAUCCUCUGGGAGCACGCUCUCAGUUUGUGGAGGUCCAGACCCUGUCCACCUGGGAGUGGCAGCUGGACCCUGAGGGAGAGGAGAAGGAGUACAACUUCAGCCAGCAGGCCUUCCUAUCCCCCUUCCCCUACAGAGAGGACAUCAACAGGAAAAUAGUGCUCUAUAAUGGCAAUGUUGCCCUGCUGAACUGCACAGCGAUCGUAAACACGAGUAAUGAGACUCUGACGGACAAGAACCCUAUCUCUGAGAGUAUCCACACCUACGCUGGGCCUGAACUUCGAGACGAGAUGCUCAAACUGAAAGGAUGUCGGACAGGCGAGGCAAAGAUGACCAAAGGCUUUAACCUGGCGGCGCGCUUUAUCAUCCAUACGGUGGGCCCAAAGUACAAAACCAAGUACAGGACGGCUGCUGAGAACUCUCUGUACAACUGCUAUAGGAACGUCAUGCAGCUCGCCAAAGAGCAGGCUAUGGCAUCUGUGGCCGUCUGUGUGGUCAGCACAACUAAGAGAGGAUACCCACUGGAGGACGCCACACACAUUGCCCUCAGAACGGUCCGCAGGUUUCUGGAGAACUAUGGAGAGAGCAUAGAGACGGUGGUGUUCGCUGUGACAGACACAGAAGAGCCCACAUACAGGAAACUGCUGCCUCUCUACUACCCUCGUUCUGAGGAAGAGGAGCGUGCCAGCCUGCCCCUAAUCCCGACUGACGUUGGGAACUCUGAAGGUGAGCCUGUAGUCCCAGAGAGACAGAUCCGCAUCGCCGAGAAACCAGGCUGUCUGGAAGUUGACUCUGAGGCGGAGACUCUAGACUCAGACCUGGGCCAGGUGGGGACUCAUGCGUUUUCCCGGAUGGAGGGAGACGUGGACAAACAGCGCAAACUAAUCCUGCAGGGCCAGCUGUCUGAUGCAACCAUGCAGAAACAGCACCAGAGAAAUUAUAACCGCUGGUUAUGUCGAGCCAGAGCAGAGGACUUGUCUGACAUAGCAGCAUUGAAAGCCUUAUAUCAAACUGGUGUUGACAUGUGUGGCAGGACAGUGAUGGUUCUUGUGGGCAGAAAUAUUCCUGUCACCCUCAUCGACAUGGAAAAGGCCCUGCUGUACUUCAUCCAUGUCAUGGACCACAUCACAGUGAAGGAGUAUGUGAUGGUUUACUUUCACACUCUGACCGGAGAACACAACCAUCUGGACUCUGAAUUCCUUAAGAAGCUUCAUGAGAUUGUAGACACGAAGUUUAAGAAUAACUUGAGGGCUUUCUACUUUGUACACCCCUCUUUUCGCUCUAAGGUGUCCACCUGGUUCUUCACUACAUUCAGUGUGUCAGGGAUGAAGCAGAAGGUCCAUCAUGUAGAGACCCUCCAGCAGCUGUUCACCUGUAUCCUGCCUGAACAGAUAGACAUCCCUCCCUUUGUCCUGGAGUACGAUGCACGGGUGUGAACCAAUCAGAACUCCAGCAGAGAGAGAGAGAAAAGCCAAGGACUCUGAGGGUGUUUCUCAAAAUGCAUACUUCCAUAUUCCACGCAAAUAGGCGCACGGGAGGGUUGAAGUAUGAGUCCAAAUCAAAGUAUGCGAAACAGCACCGAAGGCACUUCUUGAAUGCACACUCCGUUUUGUACAUAUUUUGAAGUAUGCAUUGAUGCUUGCUUCAAUGGAAAGUAUUAAGGAAAUAUGAUGCAACAACGUUAGAAAUGAUGGAGAAUUUCCUGAAAUCAUUGGUGGCCAUUAUUUUAGCUGAAGCAGAGUAAAUACACUCCGACAUGUUGCCUAUUCACAUCUCAAAUGUUUCCUGACUACAGUACUUUAUCAUUAUAUGUUAAUAAAUACAUGCUGUGUUAAUUUUGGCAUGUUUAACUGCCUACGGACCGUAGAUAACAAGCACAUAAGUCAAUAGGGCUAACUGGCUAGCUACCAAUGUUAGCCAGCCAGAUAGCUACAAAAUAAUUGACAUAUUGCAAAAUAUUAGCUUUAGGUCAUUUUUGCCUGUUAAUGAAGUAUCUGGUUAGCUACAUUUACGAUUAUCAUAUCUAGCUGAUAAUUAUAAAGUAAAAUGUUGCUUUGUGAAUAUCUUGUUUUGUCUUGUUGCCAUUGCGGCUGGAAGAAGGUUCAGUGACGGGGGAGGUAAUACAGUAGGGGGAGUGCGAGUGCUUCUCAGAUGUGAUGUGUUAUGCAUUCUCCACACUCUCGUCCUCAUAAGAACGUACUCAAUGAGAGUGAGAGUGUGGAACACGGUAGUAUGCAUAUUGAGAAACACCCUGCAUUCAUAUCCAAGUGAGAAGGAGGUUUCUACCACAUAUGACUGGGAAAAAUCCACUUGAAUGCCCCUCCAACUGGUAAUUACUAGUGGGAACCUUGUCUAUCACCCCUGCGCUCCAACCAUGUAAUUUUCAGCAGAUAAAUGCAACAACAAAGCAAUAUAUAUUAAUAUGGUUUGUGAACACUCAUUUGUUUACAAGCAUAAUAGCUGUACUUUUAAUUUAUGGUUGAGGCAGCUGGUUCGCUAUAAAAAAUAGAGUUGCACACUAUGAACUCCCAGUAAUUUAUUGGGUAAACCAAUGUUUUGGCAUCCCUGUGCCGCCUUGACCUGGUUCAAGCAUUCAUGACAUUACCCUUUAUGUGGACAAACGGUGCAACCAAUGACAACAGUGAGGGGUGUGUCAGGGUUAUUAGGUUGAUUAGAAUGAAUUGAGUGACACUGUUAAGACUAUAGUUUACAGCAUGAAUAUAUUAGGCUAUUAUCAUAUGGCAACAUAAUUAGAUAUUCUACAUAAUAUUAGCAUCAACAUACAUUGUUUAAAUUAAUUUCACAGUAACAGUCAGAAGUUUGGACACACUCGUUCUAGGUUAGUUAAAAAAAUAAAAUAAAACUUUCCUACAUUGUAGAAUAAUAUAGACAUCAAAACUAUGAAAUAACACAUGGAAUCAUGUAGUAACCAAGAAAAGUGUUAAAUCAAAAUAUAUUUGAGAUUCUUAAAAGUAGCAACCUUUUGCCUUGAUGACAGCUUUGCAAACUCUUGGCAUUCUCUCAAACAGGUUCAUGAAGUAGUCCCCUGGAAUGCAUUUCAAUGAACAGGUGUGCCUUGUUAAAAGUGAAUGCAUUUGAGCCAAUUAGUUGUGUUAUGACAAGGUACAGUAGAGUUGGUAUACAGAAGAUAGCCCUAUUUGGAGAAAAAAAAGUCCAUAUGGCAAGAACAGCUCAAAUAAGCAAAGAGAAACGACAGUCCAUCAUUACUUUAAGACAUGAAGGUCAGUCAAUAUGGAAAAUUUCAAGAACUUUGAAAGUUUCUUCAAGUGCAGUCGCAAUGUGUAUUUUCCACCGUGAAGCAUGGAGGAGGAGGUGUGAUAGUGCUUUGCUGGUGACACUGUCUGUGAUUUAUUCAGAAUUCAAGGCACACUUAACCAGCAUAGCUAACACAGCAUUCUGCAGUGAUGAUGCCAUUUUAUCUGGUUUGCAUUGUGGGACUAUCAUUUGUUUUUCAACAGGACAAUGACUCAACACACCUCCAGGCUGUGUAAGGAGAGUGAUGGUGUGCUGCAUCAGAUGACCUGGCCUCCACAAUCACCUGACCUCAACCCAAUUGAGAUGGUUUGGGAUGAGUUGGAUUGCAGAGUGAAGGAAAUGCAGCCAACAAGUGCUCAGCAUAUAUGGGAACUCCUUCAAGACUGUUGUAAAAGCAUUCCAGGUGAAGCUGGUUGAAAGAAUGCCAAAAGUGUGCAAAGCUGUCAUCAAGGCAAUGGGUGGCUACUUUGAGGAAUCUAAAAUAGCAUAUAUUUAGCAUAUAUAACACUCUUUGGUUACUACAUGAUUCCAUGUGUUAUUUCAUAGUUUGUCUUCACUAUUAUUCAACAAUGUAGAAAAUAGUACAAAUGUAGAAAAACCCUUGAAUGAGUAGGUGUGUCCAAAUUCUUGACUGGUACUGUAUACAUUUAAUUGUUUCCAAUUUAAUGUUUGUUACAUGGAAUCUUUUGGUUCAACCAUAAUGCAUAAUAAGCAUCUUGGGUGUACAUAUUGGGUGUACACUGAUAAGCUGUAGAAAGAAUAUAUUCAUUAAUAAGACUUUAAGAGUUCAAAGCAUGUGAGUGCAUCCAACUGGUAAUUAACACUUUCAUACUUGGUUAUGAACGCAGCAUAACUACAUCUACAGUCACAUGACUGGCUCCACUUCCAUGUUCUGACCGGCAGGACCCCUGUGGUUUAGCUCUCUGACCAGACUAUAAGCCACCCAGGGCCUCAGUGGGCUUUGUCUGGGACCUCACAAGGACAGUAUACCGGACGCUGACACUCUGAAAAGCCUGGAUACUGAUGAACCUAAGAUGAUGUUUUUAUUAGCAGUGUGAUGCAAUCAGAUGACAGACGGAUAGAAGGAUGUAUCUCUCUGUGACGGAGCCUGUGUGAACUCACCAACCUAUCCCAGGACACUCCGCUGGCCUAUCUUAAAAACCUGCCCUCCUGUGUGAGAGUGACAUCGCUCAUGUUAUGUUUCAAAUUGUUUAUUUUUGCAAAACUUCCCCGAAUGGUAGAGGGGGGUAUAUGUGUGUGUGUGUGUGUGUGUGUGUGUGUGUGUGUGUGUGUGCGUGCGUGCGUGCGUGCGUGCGUGCGUGCGUCACUUGAAACAAUGAAACCAACACACUUCUACUGCUUCUGUCAGAGAACAUUCAUUAAAUGCCAUAGAAGUUAAUUGUUGAACGGAUUAAGAGCGUUUGAUAAAAUAAUAAAUACUAGCAUUAUUUUUUUUCUCUUGAAAACACAGGCAGAUAGUUUGUUUCUGGAGUGUACUUAGUGCGGUACUAUGUGUAAGAAUGUUUUUUUUAAUGAAGAACCAAACGGUUCCUAUUUUUCUUUACAUUGAAUUUAUACCAUGGGAUGCUGCAUCUUCCAAUGCCCAUUAUCACAGUUAAAGUUACACGCUAGAUGUUAGGAAUGCAAUAAUAGUGCAGCAUCCUAACUUUAAACAUCUUGUAUCCAGAAUUUAUUUUGCACACAUCUCCUAGUGACGUCAAUGCGUAAUUUUGGAUUUCUGAAUACCAAAUGAACUAAUCAAAUCAAAUCAAAAUCAAAUUAUUUAUAUAGCCCUUCGUACAUCAGCUGAUAUCUCAAAGUGCUGUACAGAAACCCAGCCUAAAACCCCAAACAGCAAGCAAUGCAGGUGUAGAAGCACGGUGGCUAGGAAAAACUCCCUAGAAAGGCCAAAACCUAGGAAGAAACCUAGAGAGGAACCAGGCUAUGUGGGGUGGCCAGUCCUCUUCUGGCUGUGCCGGGUGGAGAUUAUAACAGAACAUGGCCAAGAUGUUCAAAUGACCAGCAUGGUCGAAUAAUAACAAGGCAGAACAGUUGAAACUGGAGCAGCAGCACAGUGAGGUGGACCGGGGACAGCAAGGAGUCAUCAUGUCAGGUAGUCCUGGGGCACGGUCCUAGGGCUCAGGUCCUCCGAAAGAGAGAAUUAGAGAGAGCAUAUGUGGGGUGGCCAGUCCUCUUCUGACUGUGCCGGGUGGAGAUUAUAACAGAACAUGGCCAAGAUGUUCAAAUGUUCAUAAAUGACCAGCAUGGUCAAAUAAUAAGGCAGAACAGUUGAAACUGGAGCAGCAGCAUGGCCAGGUGGACUGGGGACAGCAAGGAGUCAUCAUGUCAGGUAGUCCUGGGGCAUGGUCCUAGGGCUCAGGUCCUCCGAGAGAGAGAAAGAAAGAAGGAGAGAAUUAGAGAACGCACACUUAGAUUCACACAGGACACCGAAUAGGACAGGAGAAGUACUCCAGAUAUAACAAACUGACCCUAGCCCCCCGACACAAACUACUGCAGCAUAAAUACUGGAGGCUGAGACAGGAGGGGACAGGAGACACUGUGGCCCCAUCCGAGGACACCCCCGGACAGGGCCAAACAGGAAGGAUAUAACCCCACCCACUUUUCCAAAGCACAGCCCCCACACCACUAGAGGGAUAUCUUCAACCACCAACUUACCAUCCUGAGACAAGGCUGAGUAUAGCCCACAGAGAUCUCCGCCACGGCACAACCCAAGGGUCAUCCAGACAGGAUGACCACAACAGUGAAUCAACCCACUCAGGUGACGCACCCCCUGCAGGGACGGCAUGAGAGAGCCCCAGUAAGCCAGUGACUCAGCCCCUGUAAUAGGGUUAGAGGCAGAUAAUCCCAGUGGAAAGAGGGGAACCGGCCAGGCAGAGACAGCAAGGGAGGUUUGUUGCUCCAGAGCCUUUCCGUUCACCUUCCCACUCCUGGGCCAGACUACACUCAAUCAUAUGACCCACUGAAGAGAUGAGUCUUCAGUAAAGACUUAAAGGUUGAGACCGAGUUUGCGUCUCUGACAUGGGUAGGCUCCAUAAAAAUGUUCCAUAAAAAUGGAGCUCUAUAGGAGAAAGCCCUGCCUCCAGCUGUUUGCUUAGAAAUUCUAGGGACAAUUAGGAGGCCUGCGUCUUGUGACCGUAGCGUACGUGUAGGUAUGUACGGCAGGACCAAAUCAGAGAGAUAGGUAGGAGCAAGCCCAUGUAAUGCUUUGUAGGUUAGCAGUAAAACCUUGAAAUCAGCCCUUGCUUUGACAGGAAGCCAGUGUAGAGAGGCUAGCACUGGAGUAAUAUGAUCACAUUUUUUGGUUCUAGUCAGGAUUCUAGCAGCCGUAUUUAGCACUAACUGAAGUUUAUUUAGUGCUUUAUCCGGGUAGCCGGAAAGUAGAGCAUUGCAGUAGUCUAACCUAGAAGUGACAAAAGCAUGGAUUAAUUUUUCUGCAUCAUUUUUGGACAGAAAGUUUCUGAUUUUUGCAAUAUUACGUAGAUGGAAAAAAGCUGUCCUCGAAAUGGUCUUGAUAUGUUCUUCAAAAGAGAGAUCAGGGUCCAGAGUAACGCCGAGGUCCUUCACAGUUUUAUUUGAGAUGACUGUACAACCAUUAAGAUUAAUUGUCAGAUUCAACAGAAGAUCUCUUUGUUUCUUGGGACCUAAAACAAGCAUCUCUGUUUUGUCUGAGUUUAAUAGUACAAAGUUUGCAGCCAUCCACUUCCUUAUGUCUGAAACACAUGCUUCUAGCGAGGGCAAUUUUGGGGCUUCACCAUGUUUCAUUGAAAUGUACAGCUGUGUGUCAUCCGCAUAGCAGUGAAAGUUAACAUUAUGUUUUCGAAUAACAUCCCCAAGAGGUAAAAUGUAUAGUGAAAACAAUAGUGGUCCUAAAACGGAACCUUGAGGAACACCAAAAUGUACAGUUGAUUUGUCAGAGGACAAACCAUUCACAGAGACAAACUGAUAUCUUUCCGACAGAUAAGAUCUAAACCAGGCCAGAACAUGUCCGUGUAGACCAAUUUGGGUUUCCAAUCUCUCCAAAAGAAUGUGGUGAUCGAUGGUAUCAAAAGCAGCACUAAGGUCUAGGAGCACGAGGACAGAUGCAGAGCAAACUAAUGAUUGUGUUCCGCAUGCGGUCAGUUUUAUUUUAUUUACCUUUAUUUUACUAGGCAAGUCAGUUAAGAACAAAUUCUUAUUUUCAAUGACGGCCUAGGAACAGUGGGUUAACUGCCUGUUCAGGGGUAGAACGACAGAUUUGUACCUUGUCAGCUCGGGGAUUUGAACUUACAACCUUUCGGUUAUUAGUCCAACGCUCUAACCACUAGGCUACCCUGCCGCCCAGUUACUUCAUAAGUAUGUUUAACUUUACCAUGGAGUCAGUUUCUUCAUAAGUAUGUUUAACUUUACCAUGGAGUCAGUUUCUUCAUAAGUAUGUUUAACUUUACCAUGGAGUCAGUUUCUUCAUAAGUAUGUUUAACUUUACCAUGGAGUCAGUUUCUUCAUAAGUAUGUUUAACUUUACCAUGCAGUCAGUUUCUUCAUAAGUAUGUUUAACUUUACCAUGGAGUCAGUUUCUUCAUAAGUAUGUUGAACUUGAUUUCUCCUUUGUUACCUCCUCGAUUACAUUGUGAUUUUUUUCCACUGUAUGCCAGCCUUGCUCUUCUGUCAAUUAACGCACAAGCUUUCCUGAGACAUGUAAGUGAAUGUAAGUAUCAGCUGUAGUUAGUGUUGUUUUAUUGGUCUAUUAGAGAGAAUAUGUAAUCAGAGAUUUGAGCUGCAUCCCAAUACAUUCCGUGUCAUGUUAAUGAUGUAGAGAGUUUUUCAUUUUGAGUUAAAGACAUGAAAAUAAACAGUUGUACCAUUCUGA